AUGGAUAAUUUUGUACAGGAGAAGCUGAAAGAAUGGAACUUGGAUGUCCUGACACCAAGCUUUAAGCCUUUCGAGGAGGAAGAUAAUGCUGCCAAAGAUAAUGUUGCUAAUGGUAUGAAAUGGGAUGAGUUAGAGCAGAACACUAUCACAGACAGAGUGGCCUUGAUUCUAUCAAAGUGGAUGGCAAAAACAUCUAUGACUCUGUCUACUGUCAACUUUGAAGUUCAGCAAACAUCUAGUCUGGUCUUUGAUAUUGUUAUUGUGCUUUACAAAGACAGACAAUGUCUUCCUUACAAAGAAUGGCCAAAGCUUUCCCACGUCACAUGCAACUUCAGAAACCUUUUGUCUGAAAACAUAUUUGCACAUCACAAAGACCUUGGUUCUGGUUGCACUACUCCACUUGCUUCCAUUGAGGAAUUUGAUCAAGUCUGCCACAGAUUUGAGCAUACUCCAUCAUUGACUGAAGUGUUCGUACCCUCUUGGGUGAAGUGGAAAAGGACAGAAUAUCGUCCAGGAACGACCCUCCUUGUUUCUCAUUCUCCAGAUGGUGAACCUCAGUUUGGAGCAAUUCAGAAGAUUGUGGUUUUUAAGUCUGUCAUCAAGUUCAUUGUUAGGAAAUGGGACACAGUUGGAUUUGAAAGACACUAUUUUGUAUGCUGUGUCCCCAUUAUGUUCUAUGUUCCCACUACUGUCAUUGAUUCCAUUGAUGUUGACUCCAUUGAUGAUUAUCAUCCUCUCCAUGUAGUGAGGUCAUACAAGGAAGGGGACAGCAACCACUAUGUGUUCUUUCGAACUUCCAAGGACCACGAGCCACGACUAGAGGAGACCCAAAGUGGAUCAACUUCCGGACCUCCUGUAGACCAACAACGUCAAGCAGAAAAUCAGAUGUCAGUGGAGGAAGUGCCAACAUUUGACCGUCAUGCUGUGGGGAAAUCAAUGCCUGUGGUUGACCAGCAACAGAACUACAAACUCUUGUCUCUGACCGAGUCUGAUGGAAAAACAGUCAUGAAGUUUCAGAGGUCCAUCGGUUCCUGUGAUGAAAAUGACUUACCCAUCACUAACCUCCCCAUGAAGCUGAUCUAUGCAUAUGGACAGAAUGAUAACAUCACGUACCACAGUACUCGAAGGGGCAGGAAGGAGUUGAACCUGUUGAAGUACAUGCCUCGGGUCAACCCUCCAAACAGCAGCUUUUUUGACAUAACUAUGGUCAAUUUCACUGUACCAGCCAAACAAACCCACUAUCACUGCAAGAUCAUGAGAGCCCCGACAUUUGAUCGCAAACAGCACAUUUAUCGCAUUGAGCCGGUGAUCACAAACUUUGACCUCGUGCAUCAUCUGCUGCUGUACCGCUGCCCUCUGACUGUGACGGAGCCGUUUGAGGCGGAGUGUUUUACUGGGGUGGAUAGAGAGUGUAUGGAGACCGUGGCUCUGUGGGGAGUUGGUGGAGGGGCUUUUGAAUUUCCUGAAGUGGCAGGACUUCCAAUUGGAGGAAAUGUUGGUGAUUUUUUCUACAGGCUUGAAGUGCAUUACAACAACCUCAAUAAAAGUGCAGAUCGAGUUGAUAACACAGGUCUGCGAUUCUAUUACACAUCUGAACUCCGUCAGCACGAUGCAGCUGUUCUGAUGACAGGGCUUGCGGUGGCCCCUGGCUACGCCAUCCCACCCAAAGCCAAAUCCUUCCUCACGUACGGCCUGUGUGACACUGCUUAUAUUCCAAAGGUUCUGGAGACGCCACAUGAUCUUCAGGUGUUCUCUGUGAUGCUGCACACACACUUGGCUGGACGGAAGGUGCGAGUCGGUCACUUCAGAGGAGGUAAACAGAUCGAUUUUCUAGCUGUGGAUGAAAACUAUGAUUUUGAAUAUCAAGAAGUGACAAAUUUGGGCAAAACUAAGACAGUGAAGUUGGGUGACAAAUUGCUGGUGGAGUGCACCUAUAAUACUGAAAACCGCAGCACACUCACAUGGGGGGGGCUCUCAACUUCAGAUGAGAUGUGUUUGGCCUUCCUCUUCUACUAUCCAGCGAUGAAUCUGAGCAGCUGUAUAAGCCUCCCUAAUGCAGCUACUUUAAUAUCUGAGAUGGGAGCAAACGAUACUGCUAAUUGGGUCAAUAUGAUGUUCAUGAAGACUUGGAAUGACAUGUCUAUCAAUCAAUACCAACAAACACUGAAGAGAAUCGACCAGCUCGUCGUGGUCACAAACUCAAAUAACAACGGAUCACACAAUAAAGGGACACUUCCUGAUCUCAAAGUAAUCCCGUCUGCACCCUGCAUGAGCGGCUGUGCCACAAAAAGUCUUGCUUUGCUAUCGCUGCUCCUCUGUUUGGCAGUGCAGUGGGCAUCCUUAUGAAACAUUAAUGCA